AUGUUCGGGAAACCAGACAAAAUGGACGUUCGGUGCCACUCGGACGCAGAGGCCGCCCGGGUCUCGAAGAACGUGCACAAGGAGAGCCGGGAGAGCAAGGGCGCGGAGGGGAACCUUUCUGCCGCCUUCCUCAAGGAGCCUCAAGGCGCCUUCUCCGCGUCGGGCGCCGCAGAAGACUGUAACAAAAGUAAAUCCAGUUCCACCGCCGACCCGGAUUACUGCCGCCGGAUCCUGGUCCGAGAUGCGAAGGGGUCCAUCCGAGAGAUCAUCCUGCCCAAGGGCCUGGACCUGGAUCGGCCCAAGAGGACGCGCACGUCCUUCACCGCGGAGCAGCUCUACCGGCUGGAGAUGGAGUUCCAGCGCUGCCAGUACGUGGUGGGCCGAGAGAGGACCGAGCUCGCCCGGCAGCUCAACCUCUCCGAGACCCAGGUGAAAGUCUGGUUCCAGAAUCGGCGCACCAAGCAGAAGAAGGACCAGGGCAAGGACUCGGAGCUGCGCUCAGUGGUGUCGGAGACGGCCGCCACGUGCAGCGUGCUGCGGCUGCUGGAGCAGGGCCGUCUGCUGUCGCCUCCCGGCCUGCCCGCCCUGCUGCCGCCCUGCGCCACGGGCGCGCUCGGCUCGGCGCUACGCGGGCCCAGCCUGCCGGCCCUGGGCGCGGGCGCCGCCGCGGGUUCGGCAGCCGCUGCCUCUGCCGCCGCGGGUCCUGCCGGCGCUGCUUCCCCGCACCCGCCGGCCGUGGGCGGCGCUCCCGGCCCCGGGCCCACCGGGCCAGGGGGACUGCACGCAGGCACACCGGCCGCCGGCCACGGCCUCUUCAGCCUGCCGGUGCCCUCGCUGCUCGGCUCGGUCGCCAGCCGCCUAUCCUCCGCCCCGUUGACAAUGGCCGGUUCGUUGGCCGGGAAUUUGCAAGAACUCUCUGCCCGAUACCUGAGCUCCUCGGCCUUCGAGCCUUACUCCCGGACCAACAAUAAAGAAGGGGCCGAGAAAAAAGCGCUGGACUGAUUUUAAGU